AUGGCCAACACGGGUGCCACGCGCCGCCACCGCCGCCGCCGCGCCGCCACAGCCUCUGCAGCCCGCCCGCCGCCCUCCAGGGCCCCUCAGCAAACAGGUAGCAGGAAGCGGAAAGCAGCCGGGGUCGAGGGGGGCGCCGGGAGUUCUUCGUUGCCCGGCCCGGCUGCUGCAGCAGCGUCGGGGACCGGCCAUGCGGAGGGGCCAUUGCUGCUGGCCAAGAGGCCGCGGCGGCCCGUGGCUUGCCAUUCCUUGGUGCACUACUUGAAGGGCCGGGCUCUGGGUGACGAGGGCCACCCGGGGCUGGCGGGCUUCGAGGGCGACCUGCGCAACUAUGGGGUCCUCAGGCUGCCAGAACUGCUGAGGGAGCGCCAGUUGGCGCUUGGCCCCCUCAACAAGGUGUUCGCGUCGCAGUGGCUAAAUGCCAGGCAGGUGGUGUGUGGCACCAAGUGCAACACGCUCUUCGUGGUAGACGUCCAUACUGGCAAAAUUACCCGCAUUCCCCUGAUGCAGGACAGAGGAAAUGGAGAAACCCAUACCCAACCCACCUGUGGCAUCCACGCCAUCCAGUUGAAUCCCUCCAAGACCCUCUUGGCCACAGGGGGUGAAAACCCCAACAGUCUAGCAGUAUACCAGCUGCCCACCCUAGACCCUGUGUGUUUAGGGGAUCGCAAUGGCCACAGGGACUGGAUCUUCGCCAUUGCAUGGAUGAGUGACACGGUGGUUGUAAGUGGAUCUCGGGACGGCACUGUGGCGCUCUGGCGGGUUGAUCCUGACAUAUCCAGUGGAAACAUUCCCUGGCACAAUAAUUCAGAGAUUCCACGGUAUUCGCACAUUCAUCCAAGGGACAUGGAGGCCAUUCCUAGGGCCACCACUAACCCAGGUAACCGCAAAGUCAGAGCCCUUGCAUUCAGUGGCAAAAACCAGGAGCUGGGAGCAGUAUCUCUGGAUGGCUACUUCCACCUAUGGAAAGCCCGGAGCUCUCUGUCCAGGCUGCUGUCCCUAAGGCUGCCCUACUGCAGGGAGAACGUGUGUCUCACCUACUGUGAUGAGUUGUCCCUCUAUGCUGUCGGAUCCCAGUCUCAUGUUUCAUUCCUGGAUCCAAGACAACGCCAGCAGAAUAUCAGACCCUUGUGUUCCCGAGAGGGAGGCACAGGUGUGCGUUCUUUGAGCUUCUACCAGCACAUCAUUACCGUGGGCACUGGACAUGGUUCCCUGCUCUUCUAUGACAUCCGUGCACAGAAGUUCCUGGAGGAGAGGGCCUUAGCCAGUCCAGACUCUUUUCUCGUGCGCACAGGUAGGAAGCUCAAACUCACCUGUGGCAGAGGCUGGCUCAACCAAGAUGAACUCUGGGUGAACUACUUUGGUGGCACUGAGGAAUUCCCAAAUGCACUCUACACUCACUGCUACAACUGGCCUGAAAUGAAGCUCUUUGUGGGUGGAGGUCCACUCCCUUCAGGCCUCCAUGGCAAUUAUGCAGGCCUCUGGAGCUAA